AUGGCUAGCACAGCCAGAACCUCUUCACGCCGGCCCCGCCGCCGCACUCUCCUUGGGUGCCUCACGUGUCGGCUUCGCAAAGUGAGAUGCUCACUGGAGCAGCCAGAGUGUCAGAAUUGCACCAGACUGUCAAUUCAUUGCGCCGGAUACGGCGGUAAACUCAAAUGGUUAAACUACGAAUGCCGAGACGGAAAGCAGGUCCGUCUCAAGGAUGCAGAUGGUGUGGAUGGCGAGAGGGGGGCGGGGAGGAGAGAAAUCUAUAGCCUGGCCGAGAGGAAACGAAUGUCACAACACAUGGCGCAGUACUUUGAUGAUGAACAAGACCUAGAACAUUCUCUGAACGAGGUCUUGGAAAGUCUAGAGAACCAUGAUCCUGCUCCACAUGCCUCAGAAAGUACUCAUGGAGCAGACGAUAUUGAUAUUUUGCUAGCAGGGCCGUUUGGUGUAUUUCAAUCAGAAGUCUCACUCUUGCUCGCAUCACACGAAACAGACACUCCCCAACCAGCCUCUGUUGAAGCUGAUUCAGUCUUUGAUGAAAGAGGAGAAACCAGACUUGGCGGAGUAGACAGAGUUUCCUCUGAUACAGGACAUGUGCUAUCGCCAUUGGCAACACAUACGCCGACCUGCAUUGCCCCUCGCGAGGUUUUGGGAAGUGUCAUUACAAACAAUGCACAGCCCAGCUCAUCCCAGAGCGAAGUAUGGGAUGACCCAGCACUAACUAGAGACAUCAGUCAGCCAAUAGGCAGAGAGAUUUCUCAGGAUGACCCAACGUGGCAAGGCCUUCUUAUUUCAGUCGACCAAACCACGUUGGCAGAGAUUCGGAUGCUCAUCUCUCAUUUCUCUUCUCAUCUUGCUGACCUCCUCUCUCCAAUAUCCCCACCUGCUUGUAACAUACACGCAAAAACUUCUCUUGAUCGUGCUUUACUAUGCUUUAGCCGUCUUAGCCUUCUUGGGGAUGCGUGUAUCGGUUCAUGUGCUGUCAUGUAUAGCCUGCUAGCUCUGAGUGCGGCACACAUGGAUAGCGUCUACCAAGGAAUAGGAGAGUCUCCUGAUCUUCGCAUCAUUGGCCAAACCGAAAGGAAUGAACGAGAGUGGUAUUCAGCUGGCCAGAGGUAUGCAAGGCUGGCAAGGAAAUCUGUCGGUUAUUUGCUUGCCAAGGAGCAACUGUCAAAACGGGAGCACAAGGAUAUGACUAUUGCCCUUUUAAACAUCUCCGUCACAGAAGCAAUAUCGGACAUCUAUGGUCCAUAUCCCGAGCUAUUAGGGCACUGCGUUGCGUCAAUGUCGCGUCAAUCCCGGAGGGACGAUACUUCUAUGCCGCAUUCUGAAAGUCUACGAUGCCUUGAGUAUUUGUUGUUACAGAGCUGCGUACUCAAUUACUCACUGCCCAAUUCCCCUGGCCCAGAACUUUCAUCCCAAGACGAACUCAACCUCCUCAAAGAAUCGGAGGUAUGGGGUUGGUUUGUGGUCUCAGGGGUAACCACUGAUGCCGUAGCUGACCCAAAGACGGGUAGACUCUCUGCCACAGAGAUUCGGAGGCUGACCGGGUCCGUUAUUCCACCUUUACUACUACAACUGAUUAUUGAUAAUACCCUGUUGCUUCGAAGAAAGCAACAGUGGACGAGAACUCAAGAGGCAGAGAUUGCCAACCUCGAAACAAGAAUCUGCGAUUGGACCGCGCAGUGCGAAUAUGGCGAUGAAAACAGUUUGUUUGAUUCAAACCAAGGCGAAGACACUGAGACUAGUUAUACAAAUGAUGGCAGCGACUCCGAAGGUGAGGAGACAACGACCGUGUUGGCGUCAAACCGCCACGACCAGGUCUCUGGGGCGUCUCUCACACUUGCGUACCACACGGCUCUUUUGCUCUUAUUCUUUUCUGUUACGAAACCAACAAACCCUUUACUCUUGAAACCUCUAAGACUCAAGCUUCUCAAUCAAUUGGAAGCAUACGUCCAAGAAGUGGAAGAGACGGAGGCCCAUGUCGGUGUUGCGUAUGGAAUGGUUUGGCCUUUGAAGGUUUUGGACAUGGCUGGGCUGGGCAAGUCGAAAGCCAAAGAGGUUGAUUCGUUGUGGAGGUUUGUUCGUGGAGGAGGGUGGAAGGUUACACGCCCUGAUUGA